AUGACCGAUAGGUGCGCCGACCAAAACAAGAACACCACUGUUUUAGGAAUGUGCCAAAAGUGGUUAACAGAAGCUCCUCAACAUAUAAAGAAGAUGGAAUUAAUAUUUCCGGUCGUGUGCCAAUAUUUUCUUCCCGCAUAUCGAAUUUUCGGGAGAAUAGUGAAGGAGUUUCGCAAGCGAGACAAAAUACUGGAGCCGACUGGUUACACGAACAUUAUGACAGAAUAUUCCAAUCUCAUCUUAGUAGGACAAGAAUGUCCAGUCAAAGAUUGGAAAGACACGGCCAAAAAAGGUUUUAAGACCCGUUGGAGCUUGGCAUGUGCCUUUUAUAAAGUGCAAGCGUUUUAUAUUGAAGCGUUCUAA